GCAGAGGCGAAGCGCCACAGAUCGCUAGAAAACGUGGGCCUAGCAGGCUUACAGUGAUGCCCUCGACAACCUCCGGCUCACAGAUUCCAUAGAUCUCCUCUCCUUCAAGAGAUCGGUCCGACCCUUCCCCUACCUGUGCACACCGAGGAGAGCUAAACACUGACGAACGGACCCCUCCACACCUUCCACACACCCCAGGAUGGCCACCCGCGCGACCCUUGCUCCCCUGCUGGCCUUGAUCUUGUUCCUCCUCCCCCUCCUCGUCGAAGGCCUUGAUUUCGAGUGCCUGCUCGCCGUCAGCCGCGCGAUAGAGGGAGGCUUCGCACCACCCUCAGUCGCCAGCCAGCAAGAGUGCCUUGACGCUUCAUCCAGCGACCAGGCCAUGAAGUACUGCCUCUCUCCAAAGUCGCUGAGCGAAACUAUGGAGCUGUGCCUUCCUGAGCAGUGCACACGGGUAGGAUGCGCGGGAUGGAGAGAGGGGGAUGGAGAGAGAGGGGGGAGGAAUGGAUGCAGCCGUAGGCACGUGCGUGAGUGUUUGUCACGAGGGUGUGCGUGCGUGCAGGAUGACUUGCGUGAGAUAUAUCGAUUUGCCGAGGAGGCAUGUGAGCCGUCCACAUCAUGCAUCGAGAUGGACGCCAGUGCGCGGCUCCCAUGCAUGGUGAUGCAGCAAAACCGCACCAUGUGUGGGAAGGUCGCCAACAGGUCAGCCGCAGCCUCGAUCACACAUUCAUACUCACCCCGCACGCCCCUCCCUGUUUGUGCCAUGCAGCACGGCGUCGAUAGCUGAUGAGAACAUCCACCUGUCUUGCUUCCACUCGUCGACUUCCAACGAGACGAAGGCCCAGCUUCUCGCAGACACGCUCGAGUGCGCUCCGAUGGGCCAGCCGCCGGGAGCCGUCAACGAUUUGGCCAACUGGGACGCGUGUCACGAGCUCAAGACGGCCCAUUACUGUGUGGUGGAUUACAAGAACAUCUUCGUGACCGCCGGGCAGUGCGUGGCACCCACAUGUGACGGCAGCAAGUACGCAUCCAUGGCGCGGAUGGCGUGUGAGGUGGACGACUGCAUGGGCAUGGCCGCCAUGAUGCCCGUCGGCCACUGCCUCUUCUGGCGGGCCUUGCUGUGUCCACCGGAAGGAACACCUAACUACAAUGUGACGGUCGAGGCCACCUGCAGCCCCACCGAUGCGCCGGCCAUGUCGGCUGGCUUCUAUGUGAUGAUCGGUAUAUCGAGCGCGCUCGUGCUGCUCAUCGCGGCGGCAUCGGCCAUGGCCGUGUGGCGCCAGAAGGAAGCCAACGGAGGGAGAAGAGAGCCGUCAAUCGCUGAGAGGGCACUGACGGCAUUCUACUUGCCAGGUAUCAGUUCAGUUGUGGUGUUGUAUCAGAAUUUUUUGUCUCCUGUCAUUCAUACCUUGCUGCUCUUUGCUGUAUGAAGACAACUGGCGCGGACUGUGGAGCACCAAGCAGGUACGAUGACGACACACACGCAGCGGGUGCACGCGGUGUGCCCUUUUUCGGUUGUCUGGCCAGGGUGACGGUGAGGUUUCUUGUCUGCACGGCAUUCGAGUCGUGUCGAUCGUCUGGAUCCUGUUGGCACACCUGUUCAUCCUGUACCAAGCCAUGCCUGCCAUCAACUACCCGGUGAGCAGGCAACGAAUCAUGCAUGGAAUGGACUAAUUCACUUGCCCUUUUGUGAAUGUUUUCGGUGAGCCCAGGAUCUCGUUGAAGCAAGUACGCGACAGACAAAUGCAUUGGUUCCUUUCCGAUCGCUGUAAGUAUGCACCUGUCCGUCUUUCAGUGGGCAAGGUCUCGUUUCAGGUCGUCACGGGUGCAUUCUUUGCUGUCGACACCUUCUUCCUCCUCUCGGGCUUUCUGCUUGUGUUCGUGACCCUCAAGCAUGUGGCCAGAACGGGAAACUCGCGAAUCAACGUGCCACUGGCCGUGCUGCAUAGGUGAGGGAGUGGGUGGGGCGACAAUAGGCGGCCAUCCAGUGACGCUUACGCAACCCUUUGUUAUCGGUGUGUGUGCAGGUGGAUCCGGAUGAGUGUGGUUUAUGCCUUCUUUAUCGGUGUGUGGGAGUUCGUCGCGCCCCACGUGUCAAACGGACCUCUCUGGCCGAUAUUCACCGGCCCACUUCACCGCACAUUCAAUCCGAUACUUGUGCCUGCGGCUGAGGGCAGCCCGUCUGCGUGUCAGCAGUACUGGUGGGCGAACCUCCUCUAUAUCAACAACUUUGUACCUUCUGAACGGCCACUUGCGUUCGGGUGCAUGCCAUGUAGGUGGACAGACACAUGGACAACACAGGACAAUAACAUGAGCGUCACGGAUGUGGUAUGUGUCAGGGACGUGGUACUUGGCGAAUGACUUCCAGUUCUUCGUAAUCGGCAUUCUCCUCAUGGCCAUCUACUGCGGGUACGCAUGAGAAUCGCUCUCACUUCCCUUCGUGCCGCGCUCAUCCACGUUGAUCUGGCUGCAGGUAUUCCAAGAGGAUUGCCCGGGUGGUGAUGGGAACAAUGCUGGUCGCCUGCUGGGUCGUCACUGGUCCGUUGUCCGCCGAAAAGCGUUAUUCUCGUCGAGAAUGCAUGUGAUUGGCGUGCAGGCACACGGAACAUCCUGAAGGGCUGGCAGGUCGGGUUCUUCGCAUUGCUAGAAGACGAUGAGUUCUACAUCAAGCCGUGGACUAGAAUCGCACCCUACCUGCUCGGAAUGGUAGCAAAACAAGGCAUUGCCCACGUUCCUUGUCCCCUCACUUGUGUGUCCUGUCUGCCCUUCUGGUGUACGCAGAUGGGUGCGCUGCUGGUGUCUGAGCAUCAAGAGCAGUUGCGGCGCUGGCUGCUGCGGCUGAGGCGCUUCGGCCGAGUGGGGCUGCAUGUGCUGCUGGCGAGUGCCAUGCUGUUUUUGAUCUUCGUGCAGUACAGUGCCCACAAGAUCCCAAGCACGCCUUGGACACCGGUCCAGACGUUCUUCUACAACACAUUCUCACGGUCAGCUUGUCGCUUAGACACAGAAAAGGUGUUGGUCUCAUGUGGUUGUAGGUGUGAUCUGGUGAGUGCAGGUCUGUGUGGGGGCUUGGCGUGCUGUGGGUGGUGUUUUGCUGCGCCACCGGCAUGACGCCGAAUGUCAACAGGCUCCUCUCGCUUAGCCUCUACCGGCCAUUUGCAAGACUGACCUACACUCUGUACCUGGUGCACCUGCCCGUCAUUGCCGCCCUUCUAUACAGCGCCAAAAACCUCAUCUUCCUGACAUAUGGUCAGCCUGAUGCAAGAACCCGAUGUCUGUAUAUCCCUCUCUCUGUGUCUGUAUGUGUGUGUGUAGCUAACACAGUGGUGUCUUUCCCCGCGGUGAUCGUCCUGGGCUUUGCGGUAGCGUGUGUGCUAUAUCUGCUGGUGGAGGCACCGUCGCUGCAUCUGAACAAGCUGAUCAUGGACAACACGUACAUGAGGAAGGCGUCUCUGAAAGGGAAGGAAGAACAGCAACGUGGCGACGAGACUAUGGACGAAGAGAGCUGCCAUCCGCCCACUGCCUCCAAGGAGGCCACAGAGGCAUCCGUGUCUUCGCAGAGUCCGUAUGACAGCGUCGACCUAAUGGAGGUCCGUGUGUGAGUGUUCACUGCGAUAACUGACUGGUCUCACAUGUGCGUGCACGGGUGUGGCUGUCUAAUCCGUCUUUGUGUUGCUGUGGUGCUAAUGUUUAUGUGCGGGACUCGUGGAUGCGUGUUGUGUGUGGUACUCUCCUGCGGCUUCCGUCCUUCCUUGCCUUCUGACGUGAGCAACUAGCUGUGAUUUUUGUUUCUCAUCUGACGAGCCUCGCUACCCAUGCUGAUCGGUCGGUCGGUUUUUCUGUGUGGCGUCUUCUGGAUCAUUUGUAGACAGGUAGGCAGGUGUGCAUGGCGGGAGAUGCAUGUUGAGAGUGUCGUGUCGUCGAGUAUGUGCGUACGUGUAUACGUGUAGGUGUCUUCUGAGCUCAGCAGAUGGGACGAUGGGAUGUUUUAAUCGAUUUGCAUGCCCCGGGACAGUGUUGUGUGCACGUAUCCACACACACACGACUUUUCCACACGCACAAGAAGCACACACCACUUGGUUGGUACAGCGCUGACCUAAAGGAGGUCUGUAUGUGACUGUAAUGUAGUGUAAUGUACUGACUGCAACAUGAUGACUGUCUGGUCUCACCUUUGCCUGCAUGAAUGUCUAUCUCUACCUGUGUCUGUCUGUGGUGCUGGUGAUUACGUAUGGUGUGUGUGGCUGUCUCCUGGGGUGAGGCUGAGCGGUUGCGUCUCAGGGUCAACUUUAACCGAUGAAGUAAUCAGUGUUGACACCACGAGAGUAGCAAUGCCCGCCCUCUGCCAGCUGCCGAAGACACGUGUCUCUUCGGGCGCCACUACUUCUUGCCUUCUUAUGUACAUGAAGUAGCUGUGACUUUGAUGUCGUAGGGCGAGCUAAUCGCUGGCUGACUGGUCUGUCCGUCGAUCGGUCGGUUUUUCUGUGUGGCGUAGGUCGACUUGAUGUAGGCAGGUGGGAGUGCUUUCCUCGUGUAUGUGCGUGGCCGGGCAGAUGUGGCGGGAUGGAUCGAUGGGAUGUUUCAAUGGUGGAAUGCCUGGACGUUCACACGUGCGUGACCUGUCUGCAUCAUGACAAGGACUUCGUCCGUCCGUCAUGGUUUUGAUACCAACGUCAGUCAACCAUCGCAGUCAA